UAAGACCGUGCGAUAGAGUUUCAUACUGGACUGUCUUUGACCGUGCUCUGCUACUGACUUCAGAAACGAAAUGAAGACGAAUUUGUAUGCAUUUGUAAAGCAAGUUAGAGUCGCUUUUGGAUAUCAUACAGUUAAUAACUACAACAUUAUUUAUAUUUAAAUACAACGAUAUUGCUAGCUGAGCAAAGCUGCAGGCACAGCAAGUAGCUAACGUUACCCAUGCUAGCCUCUCACAGUUUCCUAGCUACAAUUCUAGCCAGUGCUAACGUGGCACAAACUGGGUGAAGAUGGAGUUUGCUGCUCUUAUUGCCUUGACCGUAUUAAUAGGAAUGCUGAUAAUUUUGGUCGCCAUCGCAGUGGGAAAGCAGAAAGGAGAAAUAAGUGAACAACUAGAGCAGAAAGAAGAGGAUUCAGUUGGUAAGUUGCUCUCCUUGCAUGUCUUGUUGCGAUGGAUUGCAAUUGUACUAACGUUAGCAAGCGUCAAACAGGUGCAAGUUACACAAUGUAAUAUAAGCCAGUGGCCCUUGAUGAUAGUUACAAUAGAUCUAUUCAUUUAAAAGUAUUGGCACCAGGUCAAAAUUAUCUACAGCCAUAAACUUGUUGCUGGAAGAAAAGUUAUGGAAGAAAGUUUGAAUUAAAUGGUGACCAAAACCAUAUAAUUAGAAUACUAGAAGGGACAUUAAUUUUCAUAUGAUGGGAUGAAGGUCAGCCCAUAGAGAUCCUAUUAAAUUAAUUAGUAUUCUAAUUCAUACUUCUGUGGGUCAGGGAGUUGGUCAACCAUGGUUCGCAAGUUCUGUGAUAGUGUAAAAUAAUGCUUUUGAAGACUGUAUCUGCACUGUUUGUUAGCUAACUAGGCUGCUAGUUUUAGAGGAAUGAUAUCAUAAAUUUUUCAAAUUAACUGCCAAUAUGCCAACAUUCCUUUCAAACAAUGCAGUCAAUCCUCCACCAUAGACUGGCUGAAAUCAGUUGAUGAUAGGACUUAGACAUGUUGUAAAUGCAACAAGGACCAAUAUUGUAUCAUAUCACUCACAGCUUUCCAAGGAAACAAAAAUGUAGACAUUUAUGGUCUGUUUACAUAUAUUUUAGAGGCUAUUUGUACAGAACAUUUGUAUAAAAUCCUUAUAAACUGUAUUUAUAAUUAUUUGAAAAUAUUUUAGGUUGACAAUUCUAUUACACAAUUUCUGAUAACAAAUGUAUUUUAUUUUCCUGCAUAAGUAAAAUCAGGAGUAUGCCUCUACUGCCAUUAAUUCCAAUUAGACUGGAUUUCUCUUAGACCAAUAUGGCUGCCAUUUUCACCCCAUUUCAGAAAUUUGAAGGUUUAUGACAUGUCUAGUAAUUUAAUAGGAUCUCUGACCAAAACAUUGUUUUGUUACAGAAUUGUAAAUGUUUUGAGGCAACAUCUUACCGUUUCCAGAGGUGAAAGCAACCAGAAUUUUGAACAUUUUGAUAAUGGAAGUUACUAGAAAGUGUCUGCUUGAACGUCUUGUGUAACGUGAUGCCAAUUCAUCCCCUGCAGUAGAGGAAAGUGCAGUGAAGGCUUCCACUGCCAAGAAACAGAAACAACAGCGUCCUCGCAAGGAGAAAGCCCAACAGCAAACCUUCAGCCACCCUCUCCUGGCAUCCUCCUUGAAGGUGGGCCAUGCUUCACAUACUGUGAACCCCAUAUUACGCCAUAUCAAAGAUGAUCUAUUAUAUUGACAAGAUAGUCAAGUGACCGCUCUAACAAUGGAAAUGCAUGUCCUCAAAGAUGGAAGGGAGGCGAGAUCAGUGGGACCAUUCUAGCUAAUGAGGGCAGAUACGCAUGUGAACAACAGUUUUUUCACCCAAAGUUGCCGGAAUGCCACAUGUAUCCACUUAUAUCAGUGCAUUUGUAACAGCCUAAACAUUACAAAACGGAUAUUCGGUCAAAUAAGCCUCACGUAAUUCAACACUCAUAGUCCUCCAUACAAAAAAUCCCCACUUGGUCUGCUUAUCUCAUGCGGAGUAAAUCCUCUCGCUUCACCUUUUCCUCUCUGGACAUAUUUAGGCAUACUCUGCCAUUUACUAGAGUGAAUGAUGUCAUAGCUAAGGGUAGCUAAGAAGUCUUAUCUACAUUAUAAAAACCAGCCCAUAAGCCAGUUGUGUAAUGCAUGAUAAGCUGCACCAACAAGGCACAUGAUGUAAUGACAGUGGUGUGUGACGAGGUUACAGAAUCAUCUGAUGCUUGAUCAUCGCUUGUGUAAAAACUGGUCAGAGUUUAGUUUGCUGGUUUGAGUUGGGGCUAUCGUGGCGGUGUCUAUUAAAGCACAGAGAUGGAGGUUGCAGUUUAAAGGGCUGAUGCCCGUUCAUUCACAAUGGUUGGAGAUGGUCAAAGGAUGGUUAACUGAAAAAACAAGCAAAGGAAAUAAUAACAGUAAAUGUUCUCCAAUCAGGUGAUAAUAUAAAUCAAGAAAUGAGAACAAACUUAUCAUAAAUGCAUCCAAAAACACAAAGGAAAGGUCUUGCAGAAAACACUUUUGCGAACUGUAAAGUUUGGUCUGCCACAUUGAUUAGUGACAGGUGUGAGCGUUUAACCUGGUGGAUUGGCUGAAGUUCCGCCUCUGCUGGAGGGGGAUUGGACAGGUGAAUGGUGGUUGUGGUUGGAUGAGAAGACUGGCAGUCAGUGUAGGGGCAAUUCGACAACAGCUUGGCUCACUCGUCUCUGUCUUUCUCCCCAGAGUCACAGUGGCAAUGUGACGUCCCUGGACUUCAGCAGCAACGGGAAGUACCUAGCCACUUGUGCUGACGACCGCACUGUCAGGAUAUGGAGCACCAAGGACUUCCUGGACAGAGACCAUAAAUGUCUGAGGGCCAACGUAGAGCUGGACCACGCCACACUGGUCCGCUUCAGCCCGGACUCAAAGUACACACACACACACUCCUGUCCAGAACAAAGGGUAUAGAUACAGUGCAUUUGGAAAGUAUUCAGACCCCUUGACUUUUUCCACAUUUUGUUACAUUACAGCCUUAUUCUAAAAGGGAUUAAAUGGUUUUUUCCCCCUCAUCAAUCUACACACAAUACCCCAUAAUGACAAAGCAAAAACUGGUUUUUUGAAAUGUUUGCAAAUUUAUUACAAAUAAAAAACGGAUACCUUAUUUACAUAAGUAUUCAGACUCUUUGCUAUGAGACUCGAAAUUGAGCUCAGGUGCAACGUAACAAAAUGUGGAAAAAGUCAAGGGGUCUCAAUACUUUCCGCUUGUCUUUCUAUACUUAUUUUCACUCUGUCUUGGUAUGCAGGGCGUUCAUUACUUGGCUGGCUAACGGAGAUACUAUUCGCAUCUUCAAGAUGACCAAGAAGGAUGAUGGUAGCUUCACUUUCAAAGCUGCCCCUGAAGACUUCCCUCAGAAACACAAGACCAAUGUCAUCAACAUCGGCAUCGCAGAGACGGGUAUGACCGCUGAAUGUAUUCAGACUGAAUGACUAAAAGGCAGGAAGAUGUGAAUGCGUGAUAUGCUAAUUUUUAUGAUUAAUGACUGUUAGAAGUUAUGAAAGAGACCCUUGUUCCAGUUGUCUAAAAUCUCAUCUGUCUCCCUUUUGUUUUCUGUGUUCCAGGCAAGUUCAUCAUGAGUGCCUCCACCGACACCAACAUCCUCAUCUGGGACCUGAAAGGAGAGGUACUGGCCUCUAUCAUCACCAACCAGAUGACCAACUCCUACGCUGCCAUCUCACCAUGUGGCAGGUCAGUACCCUAAAUGUGUCUGUGUGGGUUUUAUAGCUAAUAUAAUAGUACUCUCAGGUAGAUCAUUUCUGGAUGGUUCUCUGUCCUCAGGUUUGUGGCCUCCUGUGGCUUCACUCCUGACGUGAAGGUGUGGGAGGUGUGCUUCGGGAAGGGUGGCGAGUUCAAAGAGGUGGCCCGCGCCUUCGACCUAAAGGGCCAUUCAGCUGGAGUCCACUCCUUUGCGUUCUCUAAUGACUCAAGCAGGUAAGGCAUGCAUUGUGUGGUAUCCUAUCAAAACACUGAUGGUUGAUUUCCAUGGAUGACAUUAUGAUAACAUUCAUAAGGUAGAUUUCCCAAUUGAGGUAUGUGAAACAGUCUUUCGUUUCCCCCCAGAAUGGCCACCGUCUCCAAGGACGGCACGUGGCGGCUGUGGGACACGGACGUGGAGUACAAGAAGCAACAGGACCCCUACCUACUGAAGUCAGUGCCUUGCCAGUCGUCGGAGGGCAGCCGUGUGGCCCUGUCGCCGGACGCUCGCGUGGUGGCCAUCUCCAACAGCUGCAGCGUGGCCAUGUACAGCACCUCCACAGGUCAACUGGAGGAGGAGUUCCACGGAGUCCACAGCGAGGAGAUCACUGACCUGAGGUUUGACAUCAACAGCCGCUACCUGGUGUGCAGCGGGGACCGGGCAGUACGUGUGUUCCACAAUGCGCCGGGCUACCGUGCGGCAAUCCAGGACAUGCAGGCCAUGCUGAAGAAGGCCCAGAACGAGGGCAUGAAACAAAGGCUGCAACAGCAGAUACAGGAGGCACAGAGCGCGCUGGACACUGUGCUCACAGCACCCAAGGAUUAAAGAACUAAAGACCCCCCCCCAGGCUGGCUGUGUAGACCCCUCUUUCUAU